GAGAUAAGCUCAGGAACUGCCACUGGCAUAAGACCACAUCACUGUGAUCAGGGGCUUGCGUACGUGAGGAUUUGGAUAAACAAGUGAAAUCAGGGUCAAAGAGAUUUGAGGAAUUACUUGGGAAUUAUAAAAGGAGAAGUUGUCUCUGAGUGUAGUAAAGUGGUGUUCGUUAGUCUUGACAUUGCGUUUGCUGGAAUAUACGUCAAAAUGAGGGUGAACAUAUCUUUGAUGCUCUUGGCAUGCGUGCUGUUGGCGAUCUUCUUCAGUGAGACAGUUGAGGCUAAAAAGUAUGAGAAAGGAGGAAAAAGUGAAAAAGGAGAAAAAAAUAAAGAAAUAAAAUAUAAGGAAAAGGAGAAAUACAACAAAAAACAUGAUAAAUCUUACGUCGAAGAAAAGAGCAAGAAAUACCUGAAGGAAACCAACGAAGCCGGAAAAGUUGAUCACGGCAAAGACGCUGGUAAGAUCAAGGACCAAAAGUACAAGGAGAAGUCAAAAAAGGCAGACAAGAAAUCAAAGUACGAAAAAGACGUGAAACAGACAUCAGAAAAGAAGCCAGAAAAGACGAAGGAGCCCAAAAAGGAAGAGAUCAAAAAGGAGAACGUCAAAAAAGAAGAAGAGAAGCGGGAGAAAAGGUCGGUGCCUGAGGAACAACUUCUUGUAGUUGAAGAGGAGGAAUUGCAGCCGAAUGAGGGUGCGGCUGUAGUCGCAGAAGUAGUGGCCGAAGUUGAAAAAGAGGCCGCGAAAGAGGCCUCAUGCGGAAGUAAAGUUGACGAGUUAACGGAAAAACUUGGGGAGCCAGUUAAAGUCGAGAAAGAAGUUAUAGAAGAGGCCAAAGAGAAACUGUAAGCUUUAGGAGAGGGAUUGUAAAUAAUUGUAAAUGAUGUACAUACAUUUGUAAAAAGUCUUUCUUCGUCACCAAUUGAAGUAAAAAAAAUUAGCUGCGUUUGAAAAAUUCAGCCUUUAGAAAACCCAAGAAUUUUUACUUAAGUUUAAAAUAAAAAUAUAGUAAUGACUUCAUUACAUUUUUAUCAAAAUACAAUUUGACAUAAAUUCCUGUAAAUGAGUGUGAUUCAGCAUAUGCUGAAAACACACUCUUUUUAAACGAGUAACUUCAAUAUUAUGAGCCACAAAUUAAUGGAAAUUAAAAUAAUUCGAUUUUUUUUUUUUUUGGAACUUCCGGGCAAUUUGGUUACAAUAUCUCAGAAUAUGAAAUUAUGAUGUUGAAAAUAUCGCCAAGAACAAAACCAAAGUUACUUUCCUGAACAAAUUUUUAUUAUGCGACACCGAAUAAAGUUUCAAAAGAUUUUGUAUCGUAAAAUGUUCCUCUUCAGACUUAAUUUAUGAGAUAUGAAAAUAAAAGAAAUUUUUCUGCUCAAA